AGAUGCACGGAAUGUGCGUGUGUGUGCAUGUGUGCCCACCUUCCUUUGGUGUGUGUUUUCUCGGUGUGCCUGUGUGUGUGAGUCCGCAGGGGGGAGGGCUACAGGGGAGGUUCUGAGGAGAAAUAGUGUGCAGUGUUUCAUAUUACACUGUUCUGUCGGAGGAGGAAAAGUAGGAGAAGAAGAGGAAAAGAAGGCGGAGGAAACUUUAAGCCACUUUUCCUCACAACCAUUGAACUUUAUGGAGGCUGCAGUCGUGGAAAAUGAUCUCCUCUGUGGUCUUUGCUCUCCUGAUUCAAGCGCUUUUUGGAGAUUUGUGUUCUGCCAUAAACGUCACCAUCAGCCCUUCCCCCUUCACGGUGGCCCAGGAGGGCCAAAACAUCACACUCACAUGCGUCGUUUCCCAACGACGCCGCAACGCCGCUUUACCCGUAGUGAAGUGGACUUUCCUGCCAGCGGGGUCAGAUAGGCUGGAUGAGGAACUCCUCAUCGCUCGCGUCAACAUGAGAAAGGCCCGUUUCUAUGGGAACUACACCAAGAGCUUCUCGAGGCCAAAGAUGAAGCUGACGGUGGUGAAGCAGGGGAAGAUCUUUGACUUGUUGAUUUUAAACGUGUCGGAGGAUGACCGAGGUCUCUACAUAUGUCGCGUUCAGGAGUUUAAAAAGCACCAGGAUCGCUGGAAGGCCUCGUCCAACUGCACAGCUACAACUGAACUCAGAGUACAUUUGUUUCCGGCCACCGAGGCCAAGGAAAGCUUGUGGACCUUGUUUGAAGAUGUUUACCUUUGCGCCGCGCUGAUUUGUUCAGUGGGCCUGCUGUGCAUGUGUAUGUUCACAGUGACGGUAACCUGCCAGUACAUACAGAGGAAGCGGCGGUUAAAAGAUAAUUACCACCUGGUCAAAAGCUCACAAAAUAGCUCAGGAGAAACCGUCACCAGUGUGGUCAGCAUAUCUCCUGCUCUGCCAAAGAAGGAGAGAAGAUACAAGAAGAAAAAGAGCAAAAAUUACCAAGAGGAUAUCCCACCAGCGAUACCUGCAAAAGUUCCCAUUGGAGACAAAAGGAAACCAAAACUUUUAAAACCACAACCAAGGAAACUAGUUCUGCCGAAGAUAGUGGAGGAAAAUCUGACCUACGCAGAACUGGAUCUGGUGAAGCCCAUCCCAGACGCAAAGGCGUCGCGCAAUGGCACGGUCUACGCGCAGAUUCUUUUCGAAGAACAGCAGUUAUGAAGAUGCAAACUUCAUUCCUAAAUGUGCUUUUACUUUAUGUAAAUAGGGUUGUUUAUUUAUAGUCUGUUGUUGUUGUAUUCCAAUAAAUACACAUGUAAAUUGUA